AUGUCCAUGUUUGCCAUGCCGCAACACCACUACAGCUACGGUGCGCCGCCCGCACCCACGCGGCAUUAUUCCACACACGGAACCAGCAGUGCCUUCAGCAGUUCGGCUCACCCCGACGAGGAUUGGACCAAGAUCUCAGACCUUGCCGAGCGCCGAAGGAUACAGAACCGCAUUGCCCAGCGCAACUACCGGAAAAAGCUCAAGCGACGCUUGGAAGACCUCGAGCGCCGUGCCGGCUCCUCGGAUGAGGCGGAGCCCGAGAAGAAGCCCAGCCCCAGCAAAAGCAACAAGCGUCAGGCCUCGGCCACGGCCAAGGUGCAAAAGCCUCAGCCUGCACCGGCGAAGCCUCUGUCGCAGGGCCAGUUUACGCCGCCCAUGGAUCACGCCGACGAUCUUGUCUUCAGCACGCCCGCCUACGAUGACCGCGAGCGCUCUCACACGCCGCCCAUGUUCCAAUACCCGGCCUACCCGGCCCCGGAUGAGCUGCUGCUGGACCCGUACGGCUCGACACAGCCUUACCCCACCAUGUCUGCCGGCACCGCCGACCCCUAUCCCAACUACCUGACGGCAACGUCGACUAUGCCGGCAACUCUGCCUUCCAUGACGCAGUUUAGCGACGCCAUGAAGCGGGAGUCGUUUACUAGCGACGACGGCAUGGGCUCGUACCUCAACUACAGCUUUGUGCCCGGCGUCGACAUGGGCGUGCCAAGCCCCUACGACCCAUCCAACCCUCAUACACCACCGCUGUCGCAUUCAUUUGACCACUCGGCGUCGUGCUCAGAGACAGGUUAUGAGUACCCGACGACACCCUUGUCAAUGCCCGGGUCGCCCGGCAUGCUUCAGCAACAUCCGCAAUGA